UUAAACCCACUAUUUCUAAAGAAAUUCGGUUUUGUUCUUUUAAAUUUACUCUCUUUUUCUUAAUACAUUAUUCACAAAAGGAUAGUAUUUAUUGAAAGAAAUACCAAAGCUGUUGAAAUGCAUGGACUUUUACCUGAAGUCAUCUUGCUUUUUCGUUCAUUUUAAGUGUUAUUAGAACUGUCUUUUUAGACUGGUUUUUUUUGAGUAGCUACUAUUUGAAAUGUUAAAACAGUUUUGAAAUUUUUAAAAUUGAAUUUUCAAUAGAAUUACAUCAGUUUAAAAAGAUUUCAGCUUGGUAAGGAAUAACAUAUGCACACGUCUUAAGACUGUAAAAACAAUGUUAAGAUGUCAUUAAAUUGUUUAUCUGAAACAGGAAGUAUGGGACCAAAUGCUGUUGCUUUAUGUGUUAGAACACAGAUUUAAAUCACCAGGCACCCUUCCUAAGGACUAACAGCUUCCACCACAUAAGUGUAAGAGUAGUUUAGAACAACGUAUAUUUCUGUGUUAAUCCUUGAUUAAUCUUGGUUUCCCAAAAACAACAACCUGCUUCGGAGCCUAGAGAUAACAAGAAAACUACAGGUACAUCUUAAAAUACUAUGAAAAACCAAAAUCCUGAAUUCAGCUGAAGUGGGUAGCAAAACAUAUGUAUUUCAUCUUUUUGUGUAGUAAUUUUAUGUAUAGGCUAGUAGUUUAGGUUCCUUAUGCCUUAUUGGUUGAGCAGUGAUAAUAAUGAUUUUGUUAUUGUAUGUAACUGACAAAUAUUCUCCAAAGAUCUGAAAAGAAUAUAUGUUUUUUUCAUCCAUAUCUGGAAAUGGAAUCUGUUAUGCAAGCAAAUUUUCUGAGAAGUUAGAAUGACUUUUCUUGCUGGAAAGCUAUUUCAUAUGUUUGCAGAAUAUUGAGGUUUUAUAUCUGCUUAAAUAGUGUAAAUUAGACCAAAUGCAGAACAGAGAAGCUUCUUAUAACACACAAAUUUCAGAUGUCUGUUCUUCCAAGACAGAUUAUUUUACUGUAAGUAGCGUGAAAUAAUCGUGCUAAGUCAGUUAUUCUUCAUUUCAGUUUGGGAUGUUACUUACUAAUAUCUCCUCAGCUACUUUGCAGGGAGAAGAAAAUGCAGUCACCAGAAGCGUAACAUAUAUGUGCAGUUUGUCAUUUAAUUUAAUAGGGGGUGGUGUUUUAUACAAGAUCUAAAUACUUGCCAAGGUUUGUUACUUCAGUUCAAGUUGCCGUAUUUCUAAUUUUGACUGUUGCUGCUGUUGAUAUCUUCAGCAGAUAUGUAGACUCGACUCCCAGGCCCAGUUACUGAGCAAUCAAAAAUAAAAAUUCCAGUUGUUUCUGACCAUAAUGAGACUUCUACUAUCUAGUCUUCUCAGCUAUGGCUUACAUACAGAUCCAUGAACUAUAAUUUUGCAAUCUUGAAGUUAAGAUUAAAAAUCCACAUCAAGCCUAGCCUACCCACAUUCAUAGCUUUGCUAAUUCCAGAAUAUGUGAUAUUUGAAUGCCUUACUAUAAAAAAUAGGAUUUAAAUGAUUGUUCAUUGAGACUUUACAUGAAAAAUAAAUGUUUUUUCUUGGUGUCUACCAAACAUGAUUUCCAGUAUAGUGGUAUAGGUACAGUAUCUGACAUUGUAGAAGAAAUGACAAGAACCUUAAGCAGUAAGAAUUAGAAAUGCUAAUUAACUAUUGAAAGAGUUUCUGCGUGUCACAGUGAGUCUUGUAGUAAUUAAAAUGUCUUGAAGGUGGAGAAAAGUCUUUCCACUUGAACAGGUAAAAAUUCAAGUCUGUACUGCCCACAUCUAGAGUCAAAUGGUAAGUAAUCAGUUGGGACCUCAUUAUUUUCCAGUACUGUUGUGGCAGGGUUGUGAAUCCAUGGUACAUCAUAUAGUCCUCUUGGUAUCAUGAGUGUGCCACGUGGUGUAUCAUAUAAAUCAUUUGCAAAAUUACAAAAAUACUGUUAGUACUACUAUAGAAAGCUUACAGGAAAGGUAAUCAGCUAGGAAGGAUGUAAAAUCAUAUUUGCCUCAUACUGUGCCUGUUUCUGUGAAUGGACUGUAUAUAAAACUAAAAACAUAAACAACUUUAUGUUAGGCAUUAAUCCAGUUUGCAUCAGAAGAGCAAAUGAAAAUUAAUAAAUGCAUAUGCUUUGGCUUGUGAAUCCUUCAGGUAGCACACAAUUCAAAAAAGUAAAAAUUGAAAGCUACCAGUUAGCAGCUAUUCAUAGUAGUGAAUAUUGAUGUUUUUAUCUGUGGAAUUUUAUUGAAAUUUUAAAGGCUAUAUUCUGACAUUAGCCAUUGUAUUUGUUACUGGCUAGUCCCAUUUACUACAAGUAAAGUUACAUAUACACACACACAUAUAUAUUUAUAUAAACAUGCUUUAUUUAAAAGUAUCAGCAAGGUAAGCUUACUUCUAAAUGCCUUUUUCACAAGGUUUUAAAAUUUAUAUUGACCUGUGGCAAUAAAUGUAGCUAACAAGUUAUCAAACAGAAUAUUUCCUUUUUUCAAUGUUAUUUCCAGUGAAAUACAUAUACAUGAUAUAUUUGUCACAUUUCUUUUCACUCUGGGUCUUUACUAAUCAAUAUGAGGAUUGAUUACAAGGAAGAUGUGGCCUUCAGUGUCGGAGGUAUAAUAUCUCUUCCAAGCAAGAAUAUAAUUGAUAACGACUGUGCAGACAGAUACUGAUUUAUUACUUCUUUCAAUGGUGCAGCUGAGGACCUGCAGCUUCCAACAGGAAGUCAGUCUGUCAAUAUCAGGUUAUCUUAACUUAAAGCAAGCAUUUGGAAAUGUUGGUAUAUAUUACUACUUUGCUUAAUAAUAUUGCUAACAGUUCUCCAGUUCCUUUUCUGUCAAAUACUUCUUCAAGGAGGGUAAGCAAUACUCUGGCCUACCACAUCUGCUUUCUUUUUUCCUGUCAUCCUUAUUUACCAUGUGUGCACUUGUAUUUUUCUCUAGUACUUUAAAUAUUUUUCCUUUUUUUCUAAGGCAGAUCCUGUCACUUUCCUGCUCUUACCUCUUCACCCACCCCAUUCACAGAACGCAUGAGUCCCUUCUUUGUGAUGUCUCUCCUCUUUGGCCUGGCUUUCGGUCAAACAGCAUCACUUUGUGCUCCUUCUGAGUAUACAAUCCAUGUGGAGAAAAGGGAAUGUGCCUACUGCCUGGCCAUCAACACCACCAUCUGCGCUGGAUUUUGCAUGACUCGGGACAGCAAUGGCAAGAAGCUGCUACUCAAAAGUGCUCUGUCCCAGAAUGUGUGCACGUACAAAGAGAUGUUGUAUCAAACAGCACUGAUUCCGGGCUGUCCUCAUCACACCAUCCCCUACUACUCCUACCCUGUGGCUGUGAGCUGCAAGUGUGGUAAAUGUAACACUGAUUACAGUGACUGUGUUCAUGAGAAGGUUAGGACAAACUAUUGCACUAAACCACAGAAGCUUUGUAACAUGUAAGCUUCCAACAGAAUGUGGUCAAAAUGUACCUCUCUGCUUACAACUAAACAUAAAUAAAAGUGCAUUUCAUAACAGGUUUGCAA